UCUAUGAUCGAGGCGGCGUUUCUUCAUCUUCCUGGCUGGCUAUUGCCGACACACACAGAUAUGGCUCACAAAAUUGCCCAUAUUAUUAACUUUAUUGGAAUUACUCUUGCUUUAAUUGAAAUGACGAAUGCUCUUCCCGUGCCGGGAUCCCUUCAACUGGAUUCUUUGAUUUUUGACAAGGUCAUUCGUCACUUCAAAGCUGUCUUGGUCAAGUUUGACGAAUCCUAUCCAUAUGGAGAGAAACAGGAAGAGUACAAGAAGAUUGCAGCCAGGGGCAGCUCUCAGCCUGACCUCAUUAUAGCUGAGGUUGGGAUUUCAGACUACUCAGAUAAUGGGAAUAAAGACUUAGCAGAGCGCUUCAGUGUCACCAAGGAGGAUAGGCCCGCCUACAAGCUCUUCCUUCAGGGGGAGGAGAAGCCCAUCGACUAUGAGGGUGAGGUCAAAAGCAGCAGCAUCUUGGAGUUUGUCCGGGAACGUUCGGGCCUCUGGAUCGGGCUGGAGGGCUGUUUGCAGAGCUUCGACAAGCUGGCCGAGGAGUUUGUGGCAGCAGGAGGGGAGACGGAGCGAAAGAGAGCCCUGGAGGCAACCCGAGCAGAGAAGGAGAAGCUGACGAGCGAGGAGGAGAGGAAAUCUGCAGAUGUCUACAUCAAGGUGAUGGAAAAGAUACUGGAGAAGGGCGAGGGCUUUGCCAUGACAGAGACAGUGAGAAUCAAGAAACUUGUGACGGAGAAAUUGACAGCCAAUAAAAGGAAAGUGUUUGAAGCUAAACUGAAUAUCCUGUUGUCUUUCAAGCCCUCAGCAAACAAAAAGGAGGAACUUUGAUGGGAAUGUUUUUACACAAACCAAAGUUGAGCCAUUCAAUUAUCAGGAAAUAAAUCAGAAUGAAAAAAAUGCACAGAUACCAUUCAUUUUCUCAUACAAUGUUUGUGAUUCGUCUUUCAAGGUGCAGAACAGGCAUUCCUUUUUUUGGGGGGGGGAAAGGGUUUGUUUGCUUUAUUCCUUUUUUUCUUGUCAUAUUUUGGACAAAAAAACAGCCAUAUCACCUUGAAGUAUGGCACGAUUAGUGCAUGAGGCAAAGGCCUUCCAUGAAGACAGAUGCCUUGAUGAUGUAAAAAAUAAUCAUUCAUUGGUCAUGAAAGUGCCUGGCUAAAGUACAGAACAAAGCAAGGGGUGCGGUGCAUGUGAAGGAUAUUCAACAUUAUACAGAUGGGCAGAAUCAGAUUUUUCAAGUUGUAUGUUUUUAAUUGUAUAAUAGGAUCCAACUGAAUCUGUUGGUUUAGAAUUAUCAAAUUGAAAAAGAUGCUGGUCUCAUGAAACCCUGUUCUUUUGUGGGGUAAAUAUAUACAGGUACAUGAGAAACGAGCAAUAACAUGGGCUUAAUAUUGGCUGGAUUCCAACUGUGUGUAAACAUCGGGCAAGUUUGAGCUACAACCGUGGCUCAGCAUUGUCCAAAUGAUGGAUGGUUUAGACCAUCAACCACCCAAAAUCUAGACCUGUCUUGAUGCCAAGUCUGUAACCAAUGUGGUUUUGUUCCCCACGUGCAAUAUUACUGUGGUCCAUGAACCAAAUAGCAACUCCUUUGAGCCAAGACUAAGCACUUACCAUGGUAACCAGAGACUGUGCAAUCUGAGGGGAUCACAUCCCCUUACUUGUUCUCUUUCCUGUUUUCCGUGUGUGUCAGUUAUUCUUGCGUUCUCUUUUCAUUUAUCAUUUGAUCAAGUGGUUUUUGGGGUUGUGAGCGUUUAAGGGACUUUGUCAGUUUUACUAUGAAAAUUUAUGGAUAGUUCCAUACUGGCAUAUGUGUCAGUCCCCCUAUAUCUAUGCUGUCCAGUAUCUAGGCACUCACCUCAGAGUUAACAUUUUACAAAUGUAUGUGUUGCCAGCAGUCACUCUAAUUUCUGUUCAGAUGUUCUGUCCAGAACCCCGAGCGUACCCAACCUGACAAAUCAGUCACAAGUUGCUGGAGCAUUUUUUGAGUGAAAGGCCUUUGUUGUGAGAAUCUUGCACCACGUUAACCAAUAGGAACCCUCAAACAGUUUUCACCCAUAUUUCCCAUUUGCAUCAGGAUGCCGAAAUAGUUGUUACAUCAAAACAAAGGACUAAAUUUGCCCUGUCUUGGACAAAAAGAAUUGCAAAAAAUGUGGCCUUAAGAUUCAUUCUGUUGAAUCCACUCACAGAUGAUCAAUUCGGUCCUGAACCAUAGUUAAUGUAUGAAAUAAACAGUAAUUUUUAAAGCAAAUUUACUAUAUAUAUACAAAUACAACAGUUUCUUCUUCAAUCCCAAAAAGUUCAGCAAGUCCCCAUGUUUUAUUGUUUGCCUGCUGUUGUCUUGGCAUGUACCUUGUGUAAUUUUAUCACGAUUUAUUAAAAUUUAUUAAUUCAGUGAAGGGUUACAGUAUUACAAGAGGGGUCCAUUUUGUAAUUUUUUAAGUUCAGUGUUAAUUUGUCAAUUGAUUGUCAGAUUUGAAUAAAACUAGCGAUUGAUCCAUUUUUAA